CAUAAUUUAACACAAUAAUGGCGGGGAAUUUUAUCGAUCAAUCAAACCAUAAAUUCACGCAAACCAAUAUUACUACUUUCGUUUCAAAAUUCAACUGCCUUGUCGUAACGGAUCUGUGGCUCUGUGUGUGUGCGUGAGUGAGAGAGAGAGAGAGAGAGAGAGAGAGAGAGAGAGAUUGGUGUUAAGUACGUGAAUUAAAUGGCAACAUUGAAUGCAUUCAACUACUCAUUGCUCUUCGAAUUCAAUUUUCACCAUUGCAGCAGCAUCUACUUUCUCUGAGUACCGCAGUCUUAGGUUUAGAGAAUUAAUGAUGGGUGAGUUUCGUCAUGCAUUUGAAAAUCUCAGUGAUGCUGAAGCAAAUGCUGAAUAUGUUGGUGACACUGCAAAGUAUGGACAUAGACGAUCUAACAGUGCUUCUGAUAGGAACUUGAAAUUCUCAAGAGGUGGUGGAGUUUUGCAUCCUAUAGGGAAAGACCAUGAUGAAUUUCUGGCAUCGCCACCUUCAGUGAGGACUUCUAGGUUACAAACUCCAUUGCACGACAGCCUCAAUUGUAUAAACAAAAAAGCUUUUUCAAAUCGUAGACCAUCAUUGGAACAAGAUGUUGAGCAGCUACAGUUACGCCUACAGCAGGAGAAAUCCAUGCGUAUCCUGCUCGAGAAAGCAAUGGGCCGAGCCUCAAGUACUUUAUCACCUGGACACAGACACUUUGCUUCUCAGACCAAAGACUUAAUUGCUGAAAUCGAGUUACUUGAAGAAGAGGUUACAAGCCGUGAGCAGCAUGUGCUUGCUAUGUACAGGAAUAUUUUUGAACAGUGUGUUAGCCAGCCACCUUCUGAACAAAAUUCUGGUGUGGCUUCACCUGCCCAUACAAAACACGAAUCAAGGAAGCACCCGAGUAUAAUUUCAAGCGCUUUCUGUUCGUCAAAAAACUUCCCCUUGCGACCCCUGCAAGCUUUUAUUUCAAACAACGAUUUGAAGAAUAGAAUCUUUGGGUCAAGUCAUGUUCCUUUAUCAAGUGGAAAAGGCGAAGUUUAUUUUGGAAGGACUUGUCCCGAUUCCACCUCGAAGGUUCACGAGAAGUUUUCUUCGACAGAGAAAACCCCUGUAUUGCGAACUUUAAAAGAUCAUCUACACCAGUGCCCAAACAGGCUUUCUGAGGAGAUGGUGAAGUGUAUGGCAACUGUAUAUUGCUGGCUCCGUUGUGCUAAAUCUGUCAAUACUGAAAACGGUAGGUCACCCUUAUUGUCAAGGUCAUCCACCAAUGCCAUACAGCCUCGACAUGGUAUUGUAGAGGAUCGAGAUUGUUCUUGCAAAUCUGCAGUGGAGAUAUCUUGGAUAGCAACACGAAAACGUCAUUCUUCUCAUGCUUCUUACGCCAUUGACAACUACAGAGUUCUAGUCCAGCAGCUUGAAAGUGUGAAUAUCAGUCAAAUGGAAUGUGAUGGAAAAAUUGCAUUCUGGAUCAACGUUCAUAAUGCUCUUGUGAUGCAUGCAUAUUUAGCAUACGGAAUUCCCCAGAGCUCUCUAAGGAGGUUGGCCUUGUUUCACAAGGCUGCUUACAACAUUGGCGGUCAUAUUAUAAGUGCAAAUACCAUAGAGCAAGUGAUAUUUUGCUUACGAACACCUCGCCUUGGACGGUGGCUUGAAAGCGUUGUGUCUGCUGCCCUCAGGAAGAAAAGUGGUAAUGAAAGACAACUCAUCAACUCAAAAUUGGGUAUUAGUGAUUCCCAACCUCUUGUCUGCUUUGCUCUUUGCACUGGAGCAUUGUUAGAUCCUAUGCUAAAAGUUUACUCAGCUUCAAAUCUUAAAGAAGAGCUGAAUGCUGCCAAGAGAGAGUUUCUACAGGCAAAUGUAGUUGUGAAGAAGUCUAGUAAAGUUUUUCUUCCUAAAUUGGUGGAAAGAUUCUCCAGAGAAGCAUCAAUCAGCAUUGAUAAUAUUCUUGGAUGGGUCAUGGAAAGUGUUGACAAGAAACUGCAUGAUUCAAUACACAAGUGCCUUGAUCGUAAGGCCAACAAAAAGUCGUCUCAGAUCAUAGAAUGGCGGCCUUACAGUUCUAGAUUCAGGUACAUGUUUUCCAAGGAUCUAAUAGACAAACCAUGGUGGGUAUGAUGACAUGCUACAGCUCUGAAGUGGUUCUUAUUGGCCCUGGAGCAUAGCUUAUUUGAGCAAGCAAGGAAGUUAAAUAUAGGUGCUUAAAGAAAUUUCUUGUACAUUAUAGCAUAAUAUGAUAUUUGCUUUCCUUAGAUAACAUACUCUAACUAUGUAAUAUCAUUCCUAUAUAUUUUGAAUAAUGUAGUACACCUAAUUAACAUGAACGAAUAAAUUCUAUUUUAACUUUGAGGUUGUAA